AUGUCACGCCCACUCCGAAGUCCAAUGCGUUGGCCCGCCUUCCCAGAUAUUCCCAUCUACCUCGAAGCUGCCGACGAACGAGCAACCGCAAAGACAUACGGUACAACUCCGACAACUCCUACCACUCCUGAAAUUGCUCCUGGAAUUUUAUCCCAUGGCAGUCCUACACACCUACGACCAGGGCCUGUCCACGUCCCACAACCGAGUCCAAUUGACCCAAGCCCUACCACAACGAUACAAACAUCGAGUGACCGCUCUAUCAUAUGGCCAAUACCUGAGCCACCACCAGAGAUUCAGCAACAGCAACCUCGUCGACCAGCUCUCCGCUUUUUCCCUACAGAGCGGCCGCGAGUUCGUCUCGAUGGCGUUCCAACUUUGCAGAUACCACAGAUCAAUGAGAAGACACCAAUCAGCAGCAUCCACCCAGGCCUGGGCAUUGUCAAUGGUCUCCCUAAGCCGCCAUCCAUUGAGAUAUCACCACCCGAGAAAGAGAAGUCCGACUCUUCACCCAACAUUGCCCAACGGAUAGAAGAGACGCUGUGGAGAUACAGUGCUUCAGGGAACAUCCUAAAGAGGUGGUUGCUGGAAGUCAUCAGUUGGCUCUUCAGCGCAAUCUGCAUGGCUGCCAUCAUAGGCGUCCUUAUCAAAUUCAAAGACGAGCCACUGUCAAAAUGGGUGUUAGCUGAGAAGACUGGCUUGACACUGAACACGUAUAUCUCCAUUCUCUCAAAGAUGGCCGGUGCUGCCCUUAUCCUCCCGGUUUCCGAAGCUCUUGGACAAUUGAAGUGGAGUUGGUUCUUAGAGAAUUCGAAGCAGAUGUGGGACUUCGAGAUCUUCGACAAUGCUUCCAGGGGGCCAUGGGGCUCGCUAUUGCUCUUGAUACGAACCAAAGCAAGAGCGCUGGCAGCACUAGGAGCUAUGAUCAUGCUAUGCUCUUUGGCACUAGACCCUUUCUUCCAGCAAGUCGUUGACUUCCCAGAUCGAUGGAUGGUGCAGAAUGCAUCUAGUGCAAUUCCAAGGGUUAUGACCUACCAACCAUCUUAUCUCAAAUACUUCAUGCUCGGGGAGGAGCAAGGCCAGGUCGAUCAGAGCCUUGUUCCAAUUCUCGAAAAGUAUUUCUAUGAGAAUGGAACACAACCGGUUCCGUUUGGAAACGGAACCCGCCCGGAUAUACCACUUUCAUGUCCGACAAGCAAUUGUACCUGGCCAGAAUAUGAAACACUCGCGGUUUGCAGCAGCUGUGUUGAGGUAUCUAGCCUUCUUAACAUUACCUAUGCUUGCAAAGACAACGCAACGAUCGAUUGGAGCGCCAACUGGACAGGACCCCUACCCAAGGUACCGUAUCCAAACGGUACAGUAUGCGGGCAUUUUUUGAAUGCGACGAGUACUGCACCAAUACUUCUGUCAGGAUACAUUGUCAACGAAACUAAGACAGGGCCUACAAUUGGCGAGGCCUUGCUAGUGCGUACCAUUCCUCUCACCGACUUCGACACAAAGGAGCCUUACUACGGAGUUGGUUCGGUUAAUUUCAAGGAAAUUCGCAACCCCCUCCUUGAUGCCUUGAUCGCGUCUGCAGUCGGUGGUCCAGACAGCGUAUAUGACAGAAAAGCCCCUCUGGUGCAUGAGUGCAUACUCUCGUGGUGCGUCCAGACCAUCAAGUCCUCGUAUGACUGGGGAAGGUAUAGCGAGAACAUCACGUCAACAUUCUUAAAUGUUGAUGUUGAGCCCUUCUCAUGGCCUUGGGAGGUCUUCGAGGCUCAGACCGGUGCGAACCUUGUCUACACGCAGAACAUCACACUUGAACCUCCUGCAUCGGGUGCACAUCGCUCGGACUCAACUGUUUUUAACACCACCUACACAGUAGACAAUACCACGACCUUCAAUGCAAUGGCCAAAUUCGACGACUUUUUCCCUUCGUUCUACACCGCCGAAGAUGCUUCCGCGGAUGCUAUUCUGAGGUUUAAGAAUUAUGCCCGAGGACCAUCGACUCGAAAACUUGACUUUAAUCCAUGGCAAGCACCGAAUAAUCUUUCACGACACAUGGAGAGAUUGGCUGUAGCCUUGACUAACGUUAUAAGAUCUUCCAACAAUAAACAAAUGACCCCGGGCGAAGCGUAUAACAAGGAAAAUUUUGUCUCGGUUCGCUGGGAAUGGCUCACCCUUCCACUCGGGCUUCUUUGUAUAUCUUUCAUAUUCCUUGCCGCCACGGUUGCGAAGUCUGCCGCUGAACGUGAUCGCGUUGGUGUAUGGAAGACAUCAGCGUAUGCUACUCUUCUUUACGGAUUGCCGGAUGAGAUGCAGCAGAAGAUCACUAGAUCAGCAAGCACUGGGACGCCGAGAGCCAAGGCAAAAGAGUUGAAAGUGAAAUUGCAACCCAAUCAAGGGUGGAGAGUAUCUGGGAAUUUGUUUUCCCCCUUCACGACAAAACCCCGGCUAAAUCAGCCCCCUCCCGGCUGGAUAUGA